UAUUGCUUUGUUUUAGCUUUGCCCCAUUUCAGUUUUAUGUUAUUGUUGUCUAUGCUACGUUUGUUUCGACCUGUAAAGUUUCAAUAUUCAUAGUCAUUUAAAUAGUUUGGGUUUAUUAGGCAAUUGACGGUUGGUUUUUAGUGACCAUGAUAGCGCAUGCAAUGGGACUACAUUACCCAGUAGUUAGGGUUAUACGACCUAUGAACAUCUGAUUUUGUGUCAACACCAGUAUCAUUAGAAACCUAGGUCCGAAUGUGUUUGAAUUCUUCAUUAACAGCCAACCAGUACAUAACGUAGCUAGUAACUUAAGAAGUUUAGGUAUGGAUGUUAUUUGAUAGAGUAAAUGAAGACAUGAAUGCCCUGCACAGAGUAUCUUCUGAAAUUGGUUUCUCUUCUGAAAUUGUUUUUUGUUUAUUCUAAUUAGUAAUGGAUAAUACAUGGAUGUCUUCCAAUCGAUUGUCGAGAGAGUACGAGAAUGGGGUAUCAGAAUUCGUUAAGUUUGCCGUUGCGCACGCUGAAGACCCCAGUAGAAUGAUAUGUCCUUGCUUGGGUUGUUGUUAUGGGAAACGGGUUGACGCAGUUCAGUUGACAUCGCAUCUAAUGAGGCAUGGAAUUGAUCGAAGUUAUACAUGUUAGAAUUUGCAUGGUGAGAAAAGUAACGAGAAUGUUGAACCGGGGGAUAGUACGACCUAUGCCUCAAACUAUAGUGGCGCAGAUACAUACGAUUGUGAUCGAGUUAAAGAGAUUGCAGAAGCACUUGAAGGAGAUCUUAAGGAUUGUCCCGAAAUGUUUGAGAGGUUGGUAAGUGAUGCAGAGAAACCUUUGUAUGAUGGUUGCACUAAAUUCACAAGAUUGUCUGCGGUAUUAAAGUUGUACAACUUAAAGGCGGGCAAUGGAUGGUCGGAUAAAAGUUUCACAGAGUUAUUAGCCCUUUUGAAAGAUAUUCUUCCUGAGGAUAAUGUUCUUCCCAAUCGAACAUAUGAGACCAAAAAGAUGUUGUGCUCUAUUGGCAUGAGCUAUGAUAAGAUACAUGCAUGUCCAAACGAUUGCGUUUUGUUUCGAAAUGAGUAUGCAUCGUUAAAUGAGUAUCCUAAAUGCGGUGUCUCGCGAUAUAAGAACAAGUUGUCUCCAGUAAAAGUCUUGUGGUAUUUUCCUGUUAUUCCGAGAUUUAGACGCAUGUUUCGUAGUGAAACCGAUUCAAGACACUUGACCUGGCAUGCAGAUGAAAGAAUUAUAGAUGGAAAGUAUCGACAUCCGGCAGAUUCACCACAGUGGUUGAAAAUUGAUAAUGAUUAUCCUGAAUUUGGAGAAGAAUCAAGAAACCUUCGCUUGGCAUUAUCUACUGAUGGAAUGAACCCACACGGUAUCCAGAGUAUCUCACACAGUACAUGGCCUGUGAUUAUUAUGAUUUAUAACCUACCUCCAUGGCUAUGUAUGAAGCGUAAGUACAUGAUGUUGUCUAUGUUGAUUUCUGGACCUAAACAACCAGGGAAUGACAUAGACGUGUACUUGAAGCCCUUAAUCGAAGAUUUAAAGAUUUUGUGGGAGACCGGUGUGGAGGUUUAUGAUGGAUAUAGGAAAGAAAGUUUCAACUUGAGGGCGAUGUUGUUUGGCACAAUUAAUGAUUUUCCAGCAUACGGAAAUCUAUCAGGGUAUAGCAUAAAAAGUCAAUGUGCGUGUCCUAUUUGUGAAGAUAAAACAGAUUGGAAGCGCUUGGAGUUUGGUCAGAAGAAUGUCUUUCUCGGUCAUCGGAGAUUCUUAAAUUCAAAUCAUCACUACCGUGGAUGGAGAAAGGCGUUCAAUGGAGAGACAGAACAAGGCAGAGCUCCACCUAUAUUGACGGGUGAUCAAAUUUUUGAAAAGGUGAAAGAUUUGGAUACUCAGUUUGGCAAGCCUUUUGCCCACACACUUGUCAAAAGUGGGUGGAAGAAGAGGUCAGUUUUUUUUGAAUUGCCGUAUUGGAAGUCCUUGUAUGUGAGACAUUUUCUUGAUGUUAUGCAUAUUGAAAAAAUGUAUUUGAAAGUGUUAUUGGCACGUUACUCAAUAUACAAGGAAAGUCUAAGGAUGGCCUUAAGGCAAGAAAGGACUUGAUAGCGAUGGGAAUAAGAACUGAAUUAGGACCCUUGAAGAAAGGAAAACGAACAUAUCUACCGCCUGUUGCUUAUACUCUAUCUAGAAAGGAGAAAAAAACAUUGUGUAAGUUUCUAAGUGAAGUUAAAGUUCCAGAAGGGUACUCUUCAGAUAUUAGAAGACUUGUGUCUAUGAAAGACCUCAAGUUAAAGAGUUUAAAGACCCAUGAUUGCCAUGUUAUAAUGGAACAUUUUCUCCCAAUAGGUAUACGUUCUAUUCUUCCAGAAAAAGUAAGAAGCUCUAUAACUAAGUUGUGUUCUUUCUUCAAGUCAAUUUGCAGUAAGGUGAUCAAUCUUACGAUCUUACCAAUGUUGCAAAAAGAAAUCGUUAUUACUUUGUGUGAGCUUGAAAUGUUUUUUCCUCCAUCAUUUUUUGACAUAAUGGUACAUCUAGUUGUUCAUCUUGUGAAAGAGACACAAUUGUGUGGACCAGCUUAUAUGAGAUGGAUGUACCCUGUUGAACGUUAUAUGAAAAUAUUAAAAGGGUACGUGAAGAACCGAAGUCGACCAGAAGGUUGUAUGGUUGAAAGAUACAUUGUUGAAGAAGCGAUUGAGUUUUGUACUGAAUAUUUGUCUAAUGUUCAGUCAAUCGGACUCCCCAAGUCUCAGCUUGUCGAAAAGAAAGAAGGAAAAAAUCUAAUUGGAAAUAAAAUCGUGGCAGUAUCAAGGGUCGAACGGGAUCAAGUGCAUUUGUAUGUUCUGCACAAUGAGAAUGAGGUUGAGCCGUAUGUUGAAAUUCACAAGGAUGUUCUCCGAGGUUUAAAUCCCAAUAGAAAUGAAAAUUGGAUAGUACGAGAGCACAAUCGAUGUUUUAUACCUUGGUUUAAGGAUCAUAUUUAUUCAAAGUAUUAUUCAGAUCCCGCUUCAAUAACAGAAAGGUUGAGAUGCUUAGCAUAUGGUCCAAGUUUCCAUGUUUUUUCUUAUAACGCAUACGCGAUUAAUGGAUACAUAUUUUAUACCAAAGAACAAGAUGAUAAAAGUACUAUGCAGAAUAGUGGUGUCACCGUGGUAGCUGAAGCAAUGCACAUAUCAAGUGUGAAGGACUUAAACCCCAAAUUUGCAAAUCUGUCGUAUUUUGGUGUUAUCGAGCGCAUUUGGGUGUUUGAUUAUGAGAAGUUUCAGAUUCCUAUAUUUGGUUGCAAGUGGGUUGAAAAUAAUAACGGCAUUCGAAUGGAUAAGUCGGGAUUUUUUCAAGUGGAUCUUAAUAGGGUGGGAUACAAAGAUGAGUCUUUUAUUCUAGCCUCUCAAGCUAGACAAGUGUUCUAUGUCAAUGAUCCAAAAAGUACGAAAUGGUCUAUAGUUCUUUUUUCCAACAAAGUAAUUGAUGAAAACACUGGAGAUCAAGGUGAUAUUGAUGUUGAGAUUGAAUCGUUUACCAGAAAUGAUCAAGAUGAGAAUAUUAUAUCAAAUGAUUCAUAUAUUAGAAAUGAUCAUAAUGAGGGUAUUUGGAUCAAUCCAACCGUCCGUGUUGUUAAGAGACAUGUAGAACAUAUUCCAACCAAGAAAAGAAAGAGAACUUAGUGAAAAAGGUAAAAUGGCUAUUAUGAAGUCAAUCAUUCGUGCAAGGAGCAAGGGAUACUUGAAAGUAUCAAUUGAUAUUUGUUUAGAUGGAGAUGUUCCAUUGUCGUCAAGCCUCAUUCGCGUAGAUGAUGAUGCUGGAUAUUUGAAAGUAUCCCUCUACGACAAUGGAACAUGUCCAUCUAAACAAAUAUCAAUUCUAUCUUCAAAAGAUAAGGGACCAAAAAUAUAAGAGAAUUACGCAGCAAAUCGAGUCAGUUGCAUAAAAAAAAGGUUCAUGCUAUUGAUAUUGAACAAAAAGAGGUUGUUGCUAAGAAGACUGCUGCUAGCAAAAAAAACAUACAUCUCAGAGAUGUUUUUGCUACUUAGUUUUAUUUCUUUUUAAGUUAUGAAUUGGUUGUAUAUUUAGAAUCUUUAGAAGUUAAACGAUUAUAUAUCAGUGGAUUGUUGUAUAUGUAUGGAUUGUUGUAUAUAAGGCUUGUUGAAUGCAAUGUGUGAAAAAGGGCUUC